AUGGGACGAGAUGCAGAUGAGUUGGCAGGCAUGUACCUAUCUGAGCAUGAACGAAGCAGGUACUUCCUUUCACCAGAUGUCCAAAAGCCACCCGCAAUUAACAAGAGCAUGAAGGGAUUAUCAGCGUCUAUUGCAAAAGAGCAACAAGAGAAGACACCUUUGACCAAUGAACUAGUCAAAAGUUGGCCAUACAUCGACAAGGACAAUUUUAUACCCUAUGCACUUGAAGAGCAAAUGAAAACAGGAACAGUAAAUCUGGUGGCUGAAUGCGAUCAUGAUCCUAAUGAGAUUAAUGAUGGUGAUAGUGAUGGUGAGCCUCGACCGUUCUAUGUGAUAUGUCCUCUUUUGACUACACAAAAUAUUCCUAAGGAGGAUGAUUGGCGCCAUAACAGUAUCUUUCAAACCAGGGUGCUAUGCAAUGAUAGUUUGUGUAAUAUGAUGAUUGACCCCGGUAGUUGUACCAAUGUUAUUGUUGAAGAUGCUAUUCGCAAGUUGGGUCUAAAAACUGAGCCUCAUCCGAAUCCCUACAAGACCACAAAUCUCAACCGUCAACUUCAAAGAUGGGAUAUGCCCAAAGUAUCCCGCAAAGAAAUUUACGACAGAGAUUGGACUUCUUGGGAGACCAUCAAAACUGUUGAACUAACCAUUAACUUUACUCCAGAAACAAAAGAGAUCACACUUUUCGAUCCAAACUCUUUACAAGGACUAUAUACUAAAAACAAAUUUAAUUAUGUCCAUAUCGGCCUCGUUCAAGUGGCCAUCAAACCCCUUCACCGUGAAGGACUCAACACAUCUUUGCUGUCAGCCCUUCGUGACCAAAGGUUUCUUGAAUUCAAUGAUUCCCUUUUAGGAGCCAUUGAAGCCAGCCUUUGCUAUGGACCAGUACACUUCAAUGUUUACCCAAACAUGUCUGUAGCCCUUGAGGACCCAAAUAUUCGUCAUUCUUUCAAAAUCAACCUCAAAACCCAUGGAUACAAAUUGAUGCAUGGAUCCAUUCCUAUUUCCAUCAUCCAUCGAAUCAAAUACAAAGCUAUAAAAACUGUUCGACCUCGUGCCCUUCGGACUUCUCCUAAAGGCCAAACCCUUUACCUUGAAACUGAUUGUAUGCACGGUCAAAUUGUUUAUCCCAAACUUGUUCAGUGGAAAGACAUCUCUUUUCCUGAGGAAUGGCAAAUGCAAACUACUACCAUUCCACCUCAAAUUUCAAAUACCAAUAUUCAGUCUAUCACCCAAGACUUGGAUGGUUUAGUUUCCAUUCGGUUCGACAGAAGGCCUCCUCCUCCUGUCUACCAAACCUCCAGAAGAUCGUGUUCUGAUGUUUCGUCUUCCUCCCAGAAAGACGUAACAACCAGAGUACCUAUUAAUGAUUGGAUUCCUCCUCUUAGGACUCCACCUCAUUAUUCAAAUCUCUCUGGGCUUUACCAAACCCAAAAUAUUGUCCAUGGUACCUAUAAUGUUUCAUCAUCUGUAUCUGAACCAACCCACUCUGAACAACAACAAACUAAUCAAAAUCAAUCCCAAUCCCCGACUCCUUCUGAUGUUGCUCCACCCGAGCAAAGCUCUGGAGUCUACAUGAUUCAGGAUGAUCAGGAAUACCAAAUUGACAAACCUUUUCUUAGAAAUGAUUUUGAAUCACCAAAACACAAAGAAAAACAAGCCCCUCAAACACCAGUCCAAAGCCAACCAACCGUUGAAUCUGCCAUUCGUAAUGGUGGUAUUCUCACCCUUGAAGGAUAUUCUUCGGAUUCAUCUUCUGAUUCUGAGUCCGAUGUUUUCCCUCAAAUUAAUCAAAUUGGUCAAAGUUCCACACAAAACCCAACUUUCCCAGACCUUCAAAUUGAAGCAAGAGGAAAACCCGCUCAAGCUUCUUAUCAAAGUGGCAUCAUCUAUGAGUGGAACAUAGAUGGUCUGUCCGAACAUAAUCUCAUGAACAAAUUACAGGAAAUGACUAUGGUCAGCAAUGCACACCGUAUUCAGAAUACUGAAGAUAGUGCAGUUGCUACUUUACUUAUUUCCGGCUUUACUGUCCAACUCAAAGGUAAUCCUUCUCGUCUCAAAGAUAGAACUGCUGAGCAGUUAUCAAACCUUAGAUGCAAAAAACUUCAUGAUUUCAAAUGCUGUGAGGAUUGUGCUCCCAAAUCUGUCCGGAUGCUUCGUGCAUCACCCAAUUCAAAUAUUUUUGAUUAUAUCGAUAAUUUGACAGACCCAGAACAAAAGAAGGCCUUUGAUUCAGGAGCAAAUGCUAAUUGUAUCAACAAAGGUGCCAUUCCAACCCAGUUCUAUGAACGAACGACCCAACGCCUCAACACGGCUAAUGGAUCUGGGUUGAAUGUCCAAUACAAACUCUCAAAUACCCAUUAUUUCCAGGUUUUGCCUCCAUCUGCUCAUGCAAUAACAGCAACUGCAUCAAAAUUCCUACUGAAGUGGUUGUUUCAAUAUGAACAUGAAUACAGGCAAUGGUCUGCUGCAAUUGCGCUAGGUUUGGUCUCUCGUUUUUUACAUGCAACUGAUCGCAAGCCAAAAUUUCAGAUCAUUGCUGGACUUCUUGAGGUUGCUCUUGGUAGCAAGAAUACUCUUGUCAAAGGAGCCUGUGGGGUUGGCUUAGGUUUUACUUGUGAAGAUCUCUCUAGCACGGUUACAGCUUCUGAUGAUUCUGACUUGGAAGGAAAAACUGACAGGGUGAAGGAAGCCAACUUACUUGGAAAAAUUGUUAGGACUAUAUCACUGAUGAUAUGCCAGCAUGUUCCUUCUUCAUCUGAUUCUUUGCAGAGCCUCUUGGAAUAUUUUCCUUUGGAUCCUAACGAUAAUGAUACAUACAUAGGUCCUGACUUAUCCAGUAACAACCAUGAAAACCUGGGGGAAGAUUUAUGGGGUGUUGCAGGACUCAUUUUGGGUCUAGGAAAUUCCAUCAGUGCAAUAUACAGAUAUGGGGCACAUGAUGCUGUGCUCAAGAUAAAAUCCUUGUUUAUAUCAUGGAUUCCUUGUUUGAAUGCUGCAAUUCGUAAUCCUUGUGGCGACAGGGAAGAUCCUGAGAUACCAUUAUCUGUGGGAUCCUGUCUUGCACUUCCCAUUGUAGUGGCCUUUUGCCAGAGAGUAGAGCUUAUUGGUGAGAGUGAAGUAGACCAUUUAGUCGCUGGCUACAAGGAGCUAAUAGGUGAACUUUUGUCUCUGAAGAAAUCUGGUACUUUCCAUCAGAGUUUGUUGAUGGCUUCUUGUAUUGGAGCUGGAAGCUUUGUCUCAUGCAUUUUGAGUGAAGGUGUGCAUCCAAUCAAAGUUGAAGAUGUGAUGAGCUUACUAGAAAUGCUUAGAAAAUGUUAUACAUGCCCAUACCCUCCCAUCGUGUAUUUAGGUGGGAUGCUUGGAGUUGUUAAUGUAUUGGGUGCAAGUGCAGGAACUCUGACUUUUGUGUAUCCUCAGCCUCCUCUACGAACUGGUUAUGGACAAAAGGAUUCGUGUUAUAUCAGGGAGCCUAUACUAGCAAGUCCUGUUUGUGAGCCACAAUUGUCAUCAUUGGUGCAAGAGAUAUUUUUGGUUUCACGGGAUUCUAAGGAUCAGCAGCUCCAAAGAUAUGCAGCAUGGGCACUUGCAUUUCUGAGACAUCGUUGGUGGUCUAAGGAACUCCAAACUGCGAAACAUGGUUCCCAGAGUAAUCAAAUUGAUUCUGGGAAUGUUUCACAAAGCUUUCCAGAGGACAGUGUGGUCUGGAAGCUCUGCAUGUGGUUGAUGAAUCUCAACUCUAUUGGGGAAGGUACUACCGCACAUGUAAACACAGUGGCAACCGUUCUAAGGAGCUUGUCACGAGCUCCCCGAUUACCAUCCUUGGAUUGGGGAGUGAUCAUUCGACGCUGCAUGAGAUUCGGUGAUCAAAUUUCUGGCAACCUAUGCCCAGAUCCAGCUGUUCAGAAAGUAACGCUUCGAGAGGAUUGCAUACUGUUCUCAUUGGCUCAUGCGAAUCAAAUUAAUCCCCUCCUACUUUUCCUGGAUGAGCUUUCUGACCUCUCUAGGUUCAGGACACUUGAAUUGAAUCUGCAGUUAAUUUUGCUCUGUCAUCUGGCUGACCUGUCAAAAAUCUUCUCAGUUUCUAGGCUGGAGAAACUUUUUGAUGAUAUGGCUGACUAUAUACGUUCUCCAGUGUCUUCAUACCAUGCCUAUAACUCAGAUCAGAAAAGUCUGUUGCGAAUUUCGUUCUGGAAGGGCCUGAACCAGUGUCUUGAUCAAGCAUUUGCCGAGUCUCAGGAGUAUGUAACAAAUAUGGAGAAGUGCAUGGAGUUUUUGUUUGCUUCAUUGCCUGUGUUGCCUUUUGAUGCCACCAUAAGACUGGAACAGGCAAAUUGCAUGGAUGAGUGGUCAGAGGGGGUUACCUGUCUUGGAAAGGCUCCAAGGCGGUGGUUAAUGGAUCUUCUGGAGGUUCCGGAGGGGGGUAUGGUACAAGGAAGCCACUUUACUGAACUUGUGAAAAGAAUUCAAGCAAGAACCAAGCUAGUUAUGAUUGGUUCAAUUCCACUGACUGAGCUUGGAAAACUAAAAGCAUCCAUUCUGAACACAGAAUCAGAUGGUAUCUGGGAUGUACUAGUAGAAGUUGCUGCUGCUCUACAAUGUGCAGAUGGAGGAAUCAAAAGACAGUGGCUUAUAGACGUGGUAGAGAUUAGCUGUAUAACUAAGUAUCCUUCCACGGCACUACAGUUUCUUGGCUUGCUGUCUGGCAGCUGGUGUAAAUAUAUGCCUCUUCUGAUUCUGGAUCCAAUUUCUGUGUUAAGUGACUUGCCAGUCACACUGCCUUCUCUUUUGUCAGACAGCAGCUGGAAUUUUGUUGCAGAAUCUGUAGUAUUGAAUCUAUGGGCAUUGAUGGAACGCAUUUGUGACUGGUCCACAAGCUUAGGAAGUGGCAGUGAUGUCUUUAGGCCGCAGGAUAUCGAUAAAAGCGAAGACGGAAUGGCUGUUCUACUCAUGCGUGUAAUGCAUCACAUCUUUGUUUCUUUACUAGAAUAUUUACCAUUCCAAAAGCAGUUGAAGCUUGCUAAUUUGAUGGUCCCUUGAACAUGUGAUUAGCCAUCAGACUACUUCCCAAAUCAAUCCUUACAAGCCUAUAUCCAUGAAGUGUGGCUGGUCACAAUCCAAGCCUAAUGAACUUAAGAUUGAUUCUGAUGUAGCAUUGGAUAUUUAACAGGCUGGAGUUGGUUCUUUAUUUUAUUUUUUAUUUUUUUAUUUUUUAAUGAGAAGAAAGUUUCAUAUUAACAUAAAA